AUCAAAAUCUAAAACCAAAAUUAGUAAUUAGUAAAGAAAAAUCAUGUUUUGUUCUACUCUUUAUUCCAUUUUCAUAGUGAUAAUACUAAUCCUUCUUAAUCCAUCAAAUGCUCAAUUAAAUUCAACCUUCUACUCCAAUACAUGCCCCAAUGUUUCUUCCAUAGUGAGAAAUGUUAUUCAGCAAGCUCUUCAAAAUGAUUCUCGUAUUGCCGCGAGCCUAAUCCGUCUUCAUUUUCAUGAUUGUUUUGUUAAUGGAUGUGAUGCAUCUAUUUUAUUAGAUCAAGCUGGAAACAUAACACUAAGCGAGAAAAAUGCUGUUCCGAACAAUAAUUCAGCUCGUGGAUUUAACGUGGUUGACAACAUCAAAACAUCUAUUGAAAAUUCAUGUCCUGCUACCGUGUCUUGUGCUGAUAUUCUUGCUCUUGCUUCCGAAGCUUCUGUGUCUUUGUCAGGUGGUCCUUCAUGGAGUGUUCUACUUGGCAGAAGGGAUGGUCUGAUUGCAAACCAAUCUGGCGCCAACACCUCCAUUCCCGCUCCAACCGAAAGCCUUGGCAAUAUCACUGCCAAAUUCGCGGCUGUUGGCUUAAACACAAGUGAUCUAGUUGCAUUAUCCGGUGCACAUACUUUUGGCCGUGCCCAAUGUAGAUUUUUCAACCAAAGACUAUUCAACUUCAGUAACACUGGCAACCCCGAUCCAACACUGAAUUCACAAUAUCUAUCAACUCUACAACAAAAUUGUCCACAAAAUGGAAGUGGAAACACAAUAAACAAUCUCGACCCUUCAUCGCCAAAUAAUUUUGACAACAACUACUUCAAAAAUCUUCUCAACAACCAAGGCCUUCUUCAGACUGAUCAAGAAUUGUUUUCCACUAAUGGUGCUGCCACAAUCUCUAUUGUGAACAUAUUUGCCAACAAUCAAACAGCUUUUUUUGAAGCCUUUGUUCAAUCCAUGAUUAAUAUGGGAAAUAUUAAUCCAUUAACAGGAAAUCAAGGAGAAAUUAGAUCUGAUUGUAAGAAAGUUAAUGGAAGUUGAAAAAGGGAGGAUCACCAUGCAUAUAUGCACAAGAUGAUCUUAGUUCUUAAUACAUAGAAAUUGUACUCAAUUACCAUCAACGAGUACUCAAACUAUAAGAGCUUGUUUGUGUGUUCCUGGUUUAAUAAUAUAAGACAAAAUUGUUAAUAUGUCUCUUGUAAGUUGUAUCAUUGAUUUUUGGCUUGCAUGCACUUUAUAAUAAUAUUGUAAGAUUAAUUUGGUUUUAAAAUCCCUUCUCUACCCUUAUGAAUUAAACAUUAUGCAAUGACAAAUUCAGAAA